AUGGACGAGUUUUUGGCCUUUGACAAGGAAGACAGGGAGCAGCAGCAACGGCAUGAACAUAUGCCUAAAGAAGAUAGGAUCAAGAAGCGAGAAUUUUCAUCUAAAUCAAGCCAAAGUGCCAUAAAAAGAAAGAGGGAAGGAAUUCGUCAAGUUCCUGCAAGCUCGCUUUUGUCGACUACUAGUCCUUGGAUGGAGUAUGCGGCGCAUUCCUUCCUCUCGCCAAAUCAUACCAUUUCAGAAAAAAGGCUGGCAUACUGGAAGCACUAUGCAUCAUUGCAUCCGAUUGUGCAGCUCCAUGAAGAGAUAAUUGCAUUUGAACAGUACAUUUCACCAACACCAUCUGAGAUGAAGGCUAGGUCUGACCUACUCCAGCGGAUAGACAAUGUGGUGCAAGAAUUAUGGCCAGGCUCAAAGGUCCCUUUGGGCGUCUCUUCUUUCGGCUCGUUUUACACGCAGCUCUAUUUGCCCACUUCAGACGUUGAUCUUGUGGUAAUAGGAAAUAGCGGAAAAUCGGGUCUGAGGCGGCUGGCUUCUGAACUCGUCAAACAGGGCCUGGCAGAACAGCACUCGAUCAAGGUCAUCUCCAGAGCAAGGAUCCCAAUUAUAAAAUUCACCGAAAAAAAGUCCAAAAUUGUGGUGGACAUCAGUUUUAAUCAAGAGUCCGGAGUUGAAGGCUCUGAGAAGCUACGUCGUUUGGUCGGGAAAUGGCCCGGAAUUCUCCCGUUGCUUUUGGUUCUCAAGCAGUUUCUGCUCAAUCGCGGUCUGAACGAGGUGUAUUCUGGCGGGUUGAGCUCGUACGGCCUAAUCCUACUUUGCGUGUCUUUUUUCCAGAUGCAUCCGAUGAUCCAGGCUCGGCUAAUCCGGCCAGAAGAAAAUUUGGGCGUGCUGCUGAUCGAAUUUUUUGAGCUGUUUGGCAAGUGCCUGUCGUAUGACCGCGUUGGCGUUUCCGUGUUGGGACGAGGCUCCUAUUUCGAAAAGGGCGAAAGAUUUCCUAUAUCAAACCACCACAGCGGGCAUUUGCUUGCAGUGGAGGAUCCCUACGAUACUUCGAACGACGUCACCAAAGCUUCCUUUUCGAUUUCGGUGGUCAGGCAGGCAUUCGGAUACGCGUUUGAAAUUCUUACGGCGCUGGUGGGCGAGCGAUUGCGGAUGCUUCUCGAUCCGGAUCCAGAACGCGUGGCCAGUUUGAAAGGACUGGCCGCACUGCCACCGUCACUGCUGUCUUCGAUAGUAGUUGUCCCCGAAGAUGUCCGUAAUCGUAGGCUCCAGUAA